CUGGUUUUCGAAUAAUUAGGACUUUGCAGUUGAAUACGAUGCGGUAUUUAGAUCGUCAGAUUUUAUCGAUUUUUUUUUAAUGAGAGCAGAACAUGAUGAUCAUUAGUGCCCAGUCAGACGAAAUGUGCCGGAGCAGAAACGCCUGAAAAAUGUGGUGUAGAAGUGUAUGUUUUUUAUUUUUCAUUGGAUUGACUUGGUUUGCAAAUGGACAUCACCUAUUCGAUAUGACACAUGCUAAAGACGGCAUUCAUCCAUGUAUCUGGAUAGUCAUUCAUAGGCCUGCCCCUCCUCCACCUACAACACCAUCUGCUGGAAAUGGCGUUACUACUGUAGCUUCGGUAACCACGGCUACUAUGGAAGCUGUCAGCACUUUACCGCCAACUACAGCAGCAACCAAUGAAGCUACGACAACUUCUGUGGAAUCUACAACAUCUGAAGCACCUCCACCUUAAUUGCUGUUACUAUAUUAUUGAUCAAUCUAUGUAGUCACAGAUGUAUACACAAUAAGGCGAUACAUUCUGUAACUAAACAUAAUAGCCCGGACAAAAUACAUCAAAAAAUAUUGUAGAUUUGCAAAAAUCGUCACAAAGCUGAGAAUCGGUUACACAUACCUUAAAUACACCAAUUAUAUAUCAAUAGUAGUUUCCGUCUUACGCAUUCCUCUGUUAGAGACUGUCGCAAAAUAAGUUUCCUUAAGGUGAUUAUUCAACUGCAGGAAAUGAAAAAAGUCACAAGGACUCAAGUCAGGCGAAUACAGAGGCUGAGGAGACAAAUAGCAC